AUUUGUGCAAGACUGUGAUUUAUUUAAAAAAUAUUAAUUUCACGAGGGAAAAAUUAUGCCGGUUGAUCAGAAAAGAAUAAACGGACCGGAAGGGUCGUUGCCCUAUCAGCUUUUCGUCGGAAGCCGAAAUAAAACAUUCGAAGAACGGCUCGAAAAUGUUUUCCACUCGGAUGGCAGCAGAAAAUGUGGCCGCAAGAAUAACGAAAGCCGGAAAUAUUUUAUGAAGUUGGGCGUUGUGUCUACCGCAAAAGGAUCAGCCUAUCUGGAACUUGGUAACACGAAAGUGAUAGUGUCCGUGUUUGACCCACGGGAAAUUCCAAAACAAAACAAGUUCCGAGAGUUGGGAGAACUGUACUGUGACUUUAAGUUCUCCCCCUUCGCGUGUACCCAUCGCAAAAGUCCGCAAACCGAUGUCGAAGAACGGUCUCUUGCGGCAGCUAUGGCCAAAGCAUUGCAACCGGUAGUCUGCCGGCACUUGUUUCCAAACUUCCAAAUCGAUAUAUUUGCUAACGUGCUAGAGGACGAUGGGUCGGUUCUUGCUGCCGCUAUCACCGCUGCCGGAUUGGCUCUGUGCGAUGCCACAAUUUCCAUGUUCGACGUUGUAACCGCCACAACAGUUGCUGUUUUUCAAGAUAAAGUUUACACCGAUCCCACCUUAGCCGAAGAGAAAAUUUGUCUGGAAGGUGGUAGUAAGGGAAAUCAUGGGGUAAUUACUUUGGCGAAACUGCACACAUUAGAUCAAACGUCGGAAAUACGGCAGGCGGGCAACAUUUCUCUUGAUGUAAUGAAGGCUGCUUGCCAGAGGUUGAAUGAUGCUAACAAUGAAGUUGCGCCCGUUGUUCAGCAAUUGCUUGUUAGUAAGGUACAGAAACAUAUACGAGAAAUAGAUUUGGAAGACGACGAAGAACCGGACAGCGAUAAAGAUGAUCUAGAGACUUCAACCAUGAGCCAGCUUUCGGUUAAUACAGAUUCUUGAAUAAAGUCAUUU